AUGGAUUUAUGCGGACCAUUCCCAACCGGAGAACAAGUAUUAGUAAUAGUUGAUUACUAUACCAGAUAUCCAGAAAUCGAAAUCAUGAAGUCUGUAACUUCAAAAGCUAUUAUUAGACGACUAGUGAGAAUUUUUGCAACCUAUGGAUUACCAGAAGAAAUAGUCACAGACAACUGCAGACAAUUCAUAUCGGAUGAAUUUGAAAAUUUCUUAGCGCGGAACGGAAUUAAACAUCACAGCACUUUACCGUACUGGCCUCAAGCUAAUGGAGAGGUUGAAAGGUUCAAUGCAACACUAAAGAAAUCUGCACAAAUCGCAAAAGUAGAGCGCAAGGAUUGGAGAUUUGAAAUAUAUAAAUUUCUCCUAAAUUAUCGGAAUACACCGCACAGCACAACAGGAGAAUCACCUGCAAAAUUAAUGUUCGGCAGAGAAUUGAGAACAAGAAUUCCACAAUUGCCACAUAAUCAAAGGAACAGAAUUCUUAACCGUCGGGACAGAAGAAAUAAAAUUCGAAUUAAAACAUAUGCAGACCGAUUGCUCAACGUAAAAUCUGUCAAAUUGCUUGCGGGGGAGAGAGUGCUGAUAAAGAACAAUAUGCCAAAAUCCAAGUUAGACACAAAAUGGAAUGGACCGUUCACAGUUAUAUCUCACGAGGGCAGUGCUGUGAAGAUUGACAUUAAUGGUAGAGCUACUUAUCGAAACAUCAACCACGUGCGACCCUUUAACGGCACGCGACAAUGA